CGUUUCCAUCGUCACCGUUCGCGAGUGCAUCUCGGCCCAACUCUCUCUCUCUCUGUCUGUGUCUCGCUCGUGCGGAGGAGAACCAGAGAUCUGCUCCUCAUCCCAAGGUGCUGCAUUGAUCCUCUCCCUCGAACUGCCGUGUCGUGUCGGGGGGGUUCCCGUCCGUUCGGGCGUCGAAGCUGCUUGAACUACCAGCUUUGGGGAAGCGAUCUGGGGGAGCCAUGAGAUUGUGCGGCGGCGGCGGGCGGUGGCGGUGGCGGCGGCUGGUGUUCUGCCUCCCGCUCGUCUUCUUCUUGCCUCAUCUGUUCUCGGUGAUGGAAUUGCAUCAAGAACCGAGAGCGGAAGAUCGGCACAAGGGAGGGAGAAGCAAGUUCGAUCAUUUGGUUCUCGGGCCUGCGGCGGGUCGAGGCUUGCGUGACCGGUUGCAAUGCCGAGGUGUAAAAGCUCUCAACAAGACACAUUUUUCUGCCUCAUCCAGCAAAAGCAAUGUCAAGGAAAGCAUAGCUUUUGUCACUGUCUUUACGGUUUAUAACUCCUCCGACAUGUCAAAGACUAGUGGAUCAUCAGAUGUGACAACUGUUGGAAAUUCCUCAUAUAAUAAGGUGGAGAGAUCAAUAGCCAUCUUGAAUGUAUUCAUCAACUUUAUUCAGGUGGCUAUGCCCCAGAGUAAUGUAAUCAUUCUUACAGAUCCUGCAUCUGACCUCUCAAUAAACAGAGACAAGGUUUCUAUCUAUCCUAUUCAAGGUGAAUAUUCCCGAGACAAGUUGAUGCUUCAAAGAAUCAGGUCUUACAUUGCCUUCCUAGAAAGAAAGCUUGAGGACCAUUCGCAGGAUCAUAUGCAUAAUUACAUAUUCGUUGAUUCAGACAUGGCGGUUGUUGAUGAUCUUGGCCAAGUAUUUCGUGAUUACCCAAAUUUUCACCUGGCCCUGACUUUUCGGAACAACAAACAACAACCUCUUAAUUCGGGAUUUAUAGCAGUGAGGGGUACCUAUGACGGAAUGAGUAGGGCAAAGGUUUUUCUACAGCAAAUACUUGAAGUCUACAUUUCCAAGUAUACCAGUGCUUCACGAAUGCUAGGUGACCAACUGGCUCUUGCUUGGGUUGUAUCAUCCGACGCUUCUUUUGAUGCCAAAAGAUUUGCCAAAGCGCAAUCUUUUUUAAAAGAGAUCAAGGGUGCCUCUGUGCUGUUUCUGCCAUGUGCUAUGUACAACUGGACACCACCUGAAGGUGCUGGUCAAUUCCAUGGCAUGCCCUUGGACGUUAAGGUUGUUCAUUUCAAAGGAUCAAGGAAACGGUUAAUGCUCGAGUCCUGGAAUUUUUUCAGCUCCUCUUCUGACAUAGCCGAUAUGCUAUGCCUCAUCUUGAGUAGUGGUAGGACAAAAUAUGACUUUUGAUAUGCCUACUUCAUUCAGCAAAUAUAGCAAAGAGUAAGAGCACACUUACGAGGAACCAAGUUCAUUCAUCCUCUGCAUCAUUCAUGCCGACGCAUUAUUUAGCAGUGAGAUCAUUUUUUUGGCGAAGCACAAUUGUUCACGUGAUGAGUAGUCACCAGCCGAAGCUUGCUGUACCGAUGUUCAUAUUACGGAUGCUGCAGUUUAGGAGAUGAAGGGAGAUGCAUUUCAACUUUUCUCCUGGAAUUUUAGAUCCCGCUGCGAUUGUGUUCGAUUGUCUCUUGUAUCGAUUCUUCCACCCAUAGGAAAGAUAGUACUGUUGGGUACAUGGGCAGUGGUAUUCUUUUGCAUUUAUUCCUGUACUUGACAAGUAGGGUUUCUUCUCUCGUUUUAGCCUUUUGAACCGCUUUCACUUUGAUGAAGAAACAACAGAGAAUCGAGUUAAUCAUAUUGCGAACAGGUGCCACUUUUUUCUUC